GCUGCACAUUCUGAGGUAUAUAGAGAGGCCACGGCGCACCGAGAGCACGUCGAGAUGAGCUGAUGGUGGCACGGAUGGAGGAGGAGUGAAUGCAGGCGUAGCCCCCGUGAGAACCGAAGGCGCGAUCCCAUCUUCGCCAUCCUUCAUCAUGUCAUCGUCAGUGGUCACACAUCCUUCGCCACCCGCCCGCCUUCGUCCCCGCCGCGCGCAUAUAUAAACCGCGCCGGGGGCGCUGCGAUGUCCUGAUAACGCCCCCUCCCGCCUCUUGCCCCCACUUGUAGCUGUACCAGAAUCCCACUCACAGACAUGCCGGCCUCUCUGCGCUUGGGAAGCAUCGCGCCCGACUUCGAGGCGGAGACGACCCAAGGUCCGAUCAAGUUCCACGAGUGGAUCGGAGACUCCUGGGCGAUCCUGUUCUCGCACCCUGGCGACUUCACCCCCGUGUGCACGACGGAGCUCGCAGAGGUUGCGCGGAAGAGCGAUGAGUGGGCCAAGCGCAACGUGAAGGUCAUUGGUCUGUCCGCGAACAACCUCAACGACCACGCGCGCUGGGUCGAGGACAUCAACGAGUACGGCACUAAGACCCUCGGCCCGACGAGUGUCAAAUUUCCCAUCAUCGCCGAUGCCGAGAGGAAGGUCUCGGUGCUGUACGACAUGCUCGACGAACAGGACGCCACCAACCGCGAUGGGAAGGGUCUGCCGUUCACCAUCCGCACCGUGUUCAUCAUCGACCCCAAGAAGGUCAUCCGUCUCAGCCUUUCGUACCCCGCUGCGACCGGUCGCAACUUCGACGAGAUUCUUCGGGUUGUCGACUCCCUGCAGCUCGGUGACAAGUACAAGGUCACGACGCCCGUGAACUGGAAGACCGGUGACGAUGUGAUUGUGCACCCGUCGGUGACGAACGAUGAGGCGAAGACGCUCUUCCCCGACGUUACUUUCCACAAGCAAACUUACCUGCGGACGACGCCCCUCAAGCCGUGAAUCGCGGAGGCUGAGUGAUUGCGUUUGCGUUCGGCAGAAGACCAAUGUCUAGC